AUGCAGCCCCCGGGCCUCGAGGGGCUCCUGGCUCCGGGCGGCUUCAGCUCCCAGCCCCGGCCGCUGCUUCCUCCCCCUCCUCCUCCUCCUCCUCCUCCUCCCUCGCCCCCCAUGAACCCCGGCUUCCCCCCGGAGGUGCCCCCCGAGCCCCCCAAAGCCCCCCCGGGCUCUGCCCCGCUGCCCUACGGCUACUUCGGCAGCGGUUUCUACUCGUGCCGCGUGGCUCGCGGCUCGCUCAAAGCCUCGCCGGCCCCUCCGGGCCCUUUCCCGCCUGACAAAUUCCUGGAGGCUCCCGGAGGGAGCGGCGACGAUUUCCAGAACCGCCCGGCCGAGUUCGCCUUUUACCCGGGCUACGGAGCCCCGUACCAGCCCGUGGCCGGCUACCUGGACCUGGCGCUGGGCGAGCCCCGCCACGAGCCGCUGCUGCCCGUGGACGGCGGCUACCACCAGCCCUGGGCGCUGGCCGGGGGCUGGGGCGGCCAGGUGUGCUGCGCCAAGGAGCAGGGCCAGGCCGGCUUCCUGCUGAAAUCCGCCUUCGCAGACCCGGGGCCGUGCCCCCCCGAGGGCUGCGCGCUGCGCCGCGGCCGCAAGAAGCGCGUUCCGUACAGCAAGGGGCAGCUGAAGGAGCUGGAGAAGGAGUUCGCCAGCUCCAGGUUCAUCACCCGCGACCGCCGCAGGCGGGUCUCGGCCGCCACCAGCCUGAGCGAGCGCCAGGUCACCAUCUGGUUCCAGAACCGCCGCGUCAAGGAGAAAAAAGCGGCGGCCAAGGGCAAAAACAGCGCCAGCGGCACCCCCUGAGGGGCCCCGAGUGUC